GACGGACGGGCGGGAAGGAAGGCGCGGGGUCGGCGGUGGGGGAAGGAGUUGACUGUUGCGCGCGCCGUCACUUUGGCGGAAUGGAGGUGAAAGAUGCAAAUGCUUCGAUGCUGAGCAAUUAUGAGGUCUUUAAGCUUCUGACUGACCUUAAAGAGCAACGUAAAGAGAGUGGAAGUAAGAAGCACAGCACCGGACAGCAGAAUCUCAACACGAUUAUGUAUGAGACUCUAAAAUACCUGUCUAAAACACCGUGCGGUCACCAGAGUCCAGAAAUAUUGAAUGAGUUUCUUCGGGCUAUGGUUCCUCAAAAACUCACCAAGGCAGAAAAACUUCAGCUGUUGAAUCACAGGCCGUUGACUGCUGUGGAGAUCCAGUUGAUGGUGGAGGAGAGUGAGGAGAGGCUCACGGAAGAGCAGAUUGAGAAGCUCCUGCAGACCAUCACGAGUAUCCUACCUGGAGACCCUGAGGAGGAGGAGGAGGCUGCAGGCGCUCUGCAACAGGAAGCCAUGGCUGUCGAAGAGGAAGGGGACCAAGGGAUCGAGUCAUAGCAGAAGCAAUCCAUGUCUGUUCAGCAGGAUUUUCCAAACAUUCCAAGGAGUAUCAAUCAACUUGGACUAACCAUCGCUAUUUACAUCAGAGCCAUUGGUCAUUGCUAUCAUGGGAAACGAAGGACUCUAUAUCUGACGGGAAGAGAGAGAAACAUAGAUCAGCUUCUAGGUGGACAUUGCAUUACUUCUUAAUGAGAUGCAUGCAUCCAUUUUUGACGCUUUAAUGAACACUAAACUAUCCAAAUCUAUAAUUACCUCAUGGGACAGAAGAAGAGCUCGGAGAUACUAUCUGCGUGAAAAGUGCUAUAUAAAUGCACGAUGUUGUUGUUGGAUGCUAGAUACUUUGCUAGGGUCUGUGAAGGUAUAUUUUUGAAAGCAAGGGUGUAUUUAUUUCCGAGGUGUGCUGCUCUUUUAAAUCUAAAAUAUGUUUGUGUGUUUGUUUUAGUGCUGUUUAAUGGUUCCUAUGAGUUUAUUUUAGGUCAGUUUGUUUUGCUUGAAAUUUGCCCUUGACAAAAUGUAAGUAAAGUCAAAUGGGUGAUAUUCUG